UUUUUUUUUCUAGUUUUAAAGUUUAAGUAUUUUUUAAUGGACACACAAAUGGAUUCUGAAAUGGAUGUUUCUUCGACACAUGACAAAUCUUCUGACCAAUCUCACGAUAAAUCUGACCAAUUUUACCCUAUGGAUGUUGAUAGUAAAGAAGACGUAAAAAAGGAACCAGAUCCGAGUCAACUAAACAAAUUGCUAGAUGAUAUCGAGUCUGAAGUUCACGAACAAAUAUGUUCUGAUCAGUUACCCAGUAAACAAAGAUUAUCAAAAUCUGCCAAGGAUGGGGAUCACAGACAUCGAAUGACAGAAAAGGAGGAAGAUGAACAAUUACUUCAACAAAGUGCACUGACUAGUGGAAGUACUUUUGUUUUUGAAAAUACCCCUCCAUAUAUUAAAAAUGGAGAGAUGAGAGAUUAUCAAAUUCGUGGGUUGAAUUGGCUUAUUCAAUUACAACAUAACGGAAUCAAUGGCAUUUUGGCAGACGAAAUGGUUCUUUUAAUUUUUCUUCUUUUUCAAACCUUUUUCUAGGGUCUUGGAAAAACUCUUCAAACAAUUUCAGUCCUCGGAUUUAUCAAACAUUACAAACACCAAAACGGCCCUUUCCUCAUUAUUGUCCCAAAAUCAACUUUACAAAAUUGGGAAAAUGAAUUUAAACGGUGGUGUCCUUCAAUCUCUACAGUUACUUUAAUUGGAGAUCAAGAAGCCAGACAAAAAAUUAUUCAAGAAACUAUUCAACCACACAAUUUUGAAGCUUUAAUAACUUCUUAUGAAAUGGUUUUGAAAACUUUAAGUGUUCUAAAAAAGUUUAUGUGGCGAUAUUUAAUUAUUGAUGAGGCACAUAGAAUUAAGAAUGAGAAGAGUAAAUUGUCUGAAAUGGUUCGCCUUCUCAAAUCAAAAAAUCGUUUACUCAUAACUGGAACCCCAUUACAAAACAAUUUACACGAACUUUGGGCU